AAAAAAGCUGCGGUCGCCACAUCUCUCUCUCAGUGCUCGGGGGGGUAAGACAACAGCAGCAAUGUUCGUUUCCGACAAGCCUCGUCCUAUCGAUUUCUACAAAGACGAUAACAAUAACAACACCAAUCCCUCCACCGCCGCGCGAGACAACAUGAUCAUCGACGUCACCACCAACACACCAGGAGAUCUACAUCCCCACCACCACAACCAUCAUAAUCAUAAUCACCAUCUCCAGCCUCAACAGAUUCUCCUCGGAGAAAGCAGCGGCGAGGACCACGAAGUGAAAGCCCCCAAGAAACGAGCGGAGACAUGGGUCCAAGACGAGACACGCUCCCUGAUCAUGUUCCGCCGAGGCAUGGACGGUCUCUUCAACACCUCCAAGUCCAACAAGCAUCUCUGGGAGCAGAUCUCCGCCAAGAUGAGGGAGAAAGGCUUCGAUCGGUCGCCGACCAUGUGUACCGACAAGUGGAGGAAUCUGUUGAAGGAGUUUAAGAAGGCCAAGCACCAUGACAGAGGGAAUAGGUCGGCUAAGAUGUCGUAUUACAAGGAGAUUGAGGAGAUUCUUAGGGAUAGGAGCAAGAAAGUGACGGCGACGGGACAGUAUAGCAAGAGCCCUAAUACACCGCCCACUGCUAAAGUUGAUUCCUUUAUGCAAUUUACUGAUAAAGGUUUUGAUGAUCCGAGCAUUUCUUUUGGAUCUGUUGAAGGUAAUGGAAGGCCAGCGUUAAACCUUGAAAGGCGUCUUGACCAUGAUGGUCAUCCUCUUGCCAUCACUACAGUUGAUGCUGUUGCAGCAAAUGGAGUUCCUCCUUGGAAUUGGAGAGAGACUCCUGGAAACGGUGGUGAUUCUCAUGGUCAGCCUUUUGGUGGGAGGAUCAUAACUGUGAAAUUUGGCGACUAUACAAGAAGAAUCGGCGUUGAUGGUAGCACUGAAGCAAUCAAAGACACAAUCAGAUCAGCUUUUGGGUUAAGAACUAGACGGGCUUUUUGGUUAGAAGAUGAAGAUCAGGUUGUCCGCUGUCUUGACCGAGACAUGCCUUUAGGGAACUAUCUACUCCAUGUCGAUGAUGGACUAGCCAUUAGGGUAUGCCAUUAUGAUGAAUCCAACCAGUUACCAGUCCAUACAGAAGAGAAAAUCUUCUACACAGAAGAAGAUUACCGUGAUUUUCUAGCUAGACGGGGAUGGACAUGUCUGCAAGUUGAUGGUUUUAGGAAUAUAGACAACAUGGAUGAUCUUCAACCUGGUGCUGUGUACAGAGGAGUGAGAUGAGAGAAUGUGAUCACAGAGAACUUGAUCUCGUCCAGAUCAAUCAACAGUUAAUCUAAUCACAAAAAUUGUCCUCUGUAAAUAAAUGUUUUCUCAUUUUGUACAUUUACAGCUCUUUUGUUUCCUACCCACUGAGAAGAACAAAGAAUGUACUUGCUCAAAUGUGACAUAUCAACUUGGAUUCACCUUGCCGGUCAAGAAGACCUGCAAUUGUAUUUUUGUAUGGUAACACUUUGGAAGGAUCAUAAGAGAUGUGCAACUUCAAUUCCA